CAGAUUUCUGAACACUUUCAAUUAUGAAACGUCAACAAGCAACGCAUACAUCAAAUACCGCUUGCACAUAUUUUGUUAAAAAAGUUUAAUCGCAAUUUCGCAGCGGUAUUCGAAAUAUUUUUGCAAAUAUUUAUUUUCAAAUGAUUACAAGUUUUACGGCACUUCUAAUAAAUAUAAAUUUUCUGCAAAAAUCAAAAAAUAAUUUGCCAAAGUGGUAAAGGCUCUCGUCACUCACGAAACAUAUAUUGUGAAAUAAAAACAGUUAGACAAACAAUAUGGCACCAGCACCACAGCCCCUUGAGGGCGUCGGAGGCCCAAUGACAAAUUAUGUACCGCAAGGUCAGGAAGGCGGCGCUCGUAUGAAUACAAUAUCUUUAUCAGUUCUGAUGGAGUUUAUCACACAACGUACCUAUCACGAUCUUACCGUAUUGGCAGAAUUAUUGCCGAGGAAAACUGAUAUGGAACGUAAGAUUGAAAUUUAUAAUUUUUCCUCGCGUACACGGCAACUAUUUGUGCGUCUAAUUGCAUUAGUGAAAUGGGCGAACUCCGUAUCAAAAGUAGACAAGUCAGCGAACAUUAUGAGUUUCUUGGACAAACAAAAUAUGCUUUUUGUAGAAACCGCCGAUAUGUUGGCACGCACAUCACGUGAAACACUUGUACGGUCACGUUUACCAAAUUUUCAUCUGCCCGCUGCAGUGGAAGUCUUAACUACUGGUACUUUUAAUCGAAUGCCCACUUGCAUACGUGAACGUAUUGUGCCGCUUGAUCCUAUAACACCGUCAGAAAAGAAACAAACAUUGUUACGUUUAAACCAGGUCAUACAACAUAGACUAGUAACCGGUAAACUUCUACCUCAGAUGAGAGAGUUUAAGAUUAAGAAUGGUCGUGUUAUUUUUGCUGUCAAACAUGAAUUCAAUGUCGCCCUAACAGUUAUGGGCGAUGGUACAAGUGUACCGUGGCGUUUGUUAGAUAUUGAUGUGUUAGUUGAAGACAAGGAAACUGGCGAUGGUAAACCUCUUGUGCAUCCAUUACAAGUAAGCUAUAUACAUCAACUUAUACAGGCUCGUCUAGUGGAAAAUCCAAAUGCAUUGAACGAAGUUUAUAAUUGUUUGCACUACUUUUGUCAAUCUCUGCAAUUGGAAGUGUUAUAUACACAGUCAUUACGCCUCAGUUACGAACGUUUAGAUGAUAAUAUUAGCGUUGAGGAGUAUGUUCCCGGUGUGAAAAUAACAAUUUCAUAUUGGCGUGAACUAACAAAACAAGACAAUAAAUUGGAACUUGGUUAUCGUUUGACUGUGCAAUCAGAUGGCAAAGAAGCAGGACGUCCUCUAGCUGUUGUACACGUACCAUCAUUAAGUGCUAAAGAUACUGCAGAGGUAGCCGAUAGAGCCGUGCGUUCUGAUCAUCUUUCAAUGGAACGUUUAAUUGUGCAUACUGUUUACAUACGCUCAGUUUCACGUCUAAGCGAUUUAAAGGUGGAAUUCCAAAGUUUAUUAAAAGAAGUCGAUUGUAAGUAUAAUUUAAUCAAAAGUAAAAAUAUUUUGUUAAAAAUGUUUUGCAUUUUUAUUAUAGGUAACUUACAAGGUACUCCAGCAUAUCUAACAGUACCUGUACUCACGCCUUGUUUACGAGCUGAACAAAUUCAUAUCACCAUUGACACGCACACUGGCAUGUUACGCUGCCAUGUACCAAAACACUUAGAUUGUCCUAUAAUGGCUGAAAUGCAAGCAACUCUCAACGGUGAUCAUAGUCGAUUGGGUCCGCUUAUGUCAGAGUUAAGAUUUUGGAUUACACAUCGCCGUUGUGAAAAAACUUUGCAACACCUCCCGGCCACUGUAAACCAAAACCUAACAUUCUUAGUUCAACCGGACAAUACUUUACUAAUGCCAGGCCGGCAUAAAAUAUUUGUGAAACUACAUCGUCAUCCAACUGUUGUACUGGUGGUGCAAUUAAAAGAGAAGGAGAGCAUGCCUAAUGAAAUGGAAUAUGGUUUUUUCCUUGGCUUUAUUACCUAUCAACUAAAUGAAAAUGAUAUAAGCUCAGAAGAAUCAAGCCAGCUUCCGGUUAGCAAACAAACACAACAAUCGGAAUUACCUAAACUUUAUACACAUCUGGAUGGCCUCAUUGAGUUUGAUACGUUCGUAGUGACCCAUGGACCUGGCACACAAGUGCAUGCUCAAACAAAUAAACGUAAAUCAAAUGAUCUCGCUGGUCCAUCACCAAAACAGCAGAAAACGAUUUAUCCAGCUUACUUUAUACCUGAGUUAGCGCAUGUAGUAGCAAUGUGUGAUGAAAAGAUACCAUUCUUUAAUUUAUCAAAUCAGUUCUCUUUGCACAAUAUACCUAAUAGCGAUUUGCAAGUUGAAUCAAAUGCUACUUCUCUUGUACUUAAGUUGUUGUCCUUACCAAUGCCCGGAUCGCAAGCACAAGGCGAGCAAAAGAAUAAUGCUCAAUUUUUGCCAGUUAUUGAAAAACAUGUGUGGCAGGACUUACUUAAACGCCUUAUAUCAAUAGGCAUACGUUCACAAAUGAACAAAAAUAAUCUAAUUCGUCAUUGGAUAGUGGAAAUCGCAUUUAAUGGCACACCGCUUCCAAGUACACAUCAAAAAGAGCAAGGCACUCGACGUACUGUUUACUUGACUUAUGAACAAACAAGCAAUAAUUUUCCGAAGACAGUAAAAGAUUUGCUUAAUGAUUGGUCUAAAAUUGUUUACCUUUACACACUUGUUUACGAUUUUGCAGAGUAUUUCAAAAACAAACGACUGAAUAUAGCAGAUAUGAUUAGUAUUAAAUCAUAUAAUUACUUGAACCUGCUGAUUGGCUACGGCCCAAAAAAAGAAGUAACUUUCAACAUAUUCUGGUGUCCAAAUACAAAUGGUUUUCGUUUAAUCUUCGUUGGUGGUAUUUCAGCUGUGAAUGCACAUUCCGUUAUGCGUGAACAAUUGGAAAAUCAUUUAAAUAACAGAUAUAGCCUAGUACACAUUAUUUACAUACUACAUGAAAGUUAUUAUCCAUUAAGCUCUAUAUCGAAAUUACCAAUUAUACCGCUUUUGGGCAUACCGCGACCUCAAGUACCUGUGUUGUCAUUUUGCAUAAUAGCAGAGUCACCAUUCAUUAUACGUUUGGCGUUUCAAGCGAUGCAUUGUAUAGAAAUACGGUUUAGAUCAGGCAGAUUAGUUGCGAUACGUGAUGGUGCCUACAGUCGUUUUGAUCGAAACCUCAUUGAUGAAUUCACACCCAUACAGGGCUUAAAGAGCUUUUUGUCUAAAUAUGUUGACGAAAAUACUGCAUAUCGUGGCCGCUCUCAAAAUGAAGACGAUAAUCCUCCUUCACCUGUAGGUUUAGAGGAUAAUUUCAAUAAUCCUAGCAGUGUUUCUGGUGCCGGCGCUGGUGGUUCUUCGCCUUUCUUAAGUUCAGGAAUGCGUGGUCCUCAAUCACCGCGUGACAGUUCCUUACGUUUUCCUGCACCACAUACACCACCUACAGUAUCUAAUCCACAUACUCCGGCUAGUCCACAUCCAGUGGCUGGCAACACUACUAAUACUGGACAAAAUCAUCCCAACUUUAAUUUAACUUCACCACCAGCACCGCAUAUGCCACAUCCAUCACCUAGUGGUGGUGGUUUAAUGCCAUCUUCACCACUUAACCCACAACCAAGCCCACAUAUGGUUCACAGUCCAGGACCGAAUACACUCUACAUGCAAGGUCACCAAGAUUCACCGUUUACUGCAAUGUCACCAGCUAACACCAAUUGGCCAGGUUCACCAAGCAUGCCACGGCCUUCUCCCAGACCAGGCCAAAGUCCUGAACAUAAAUCUGGUAGUGGUACUGCGGCAGGUACAAAUACCUCAUCUGCUAUGUCACGUGUGCCAUCUAACCGUUCUUGGGCUGGUGCCACACCUACAUUGCUCACACAUGAAGCAUUAGAUACAAUUUGUCGGCCAAGUCCACAUCCUAAUAAAGAUAUAAAUGUGCCGGAUAUAAGUCCACUUGAACGCUUUCUUGGUUGUGUAUACUUGCGUCGACAACUGCAUCGCAAUAUACAGAGCGAUGAAACAUUGACGGCACUUAAUUCUACGGAACCUGGUGUAGUGCUCUUCAAAGUGGAUGGGCUACAAUGUCAAGUGGUAUUAAAUCAACUGCACAUGCAAUCUCUACACUUAAAAAUUACACAAUUACCAGCACCACUUACACCAGAUGGAAAACAUCCGUUUCAAUUGGCUCCGGAUGAUUUGCUUACGCUUGAACAAUUCUUUGAUACACGCGUUGCUGUAUCACCUUAUCGUCCCAACGCACUUAGUGGAUUCACUCGUGCACUGAAUUGUGCACCACAAGUCCUUAAGGACUUUGUGCAAAUUAUGCGUUUGGAAAUGAACCCGGAAUUAGGUGGUGAUCAACUGAAAUGGACAGUGCAGUUUUGUAUGCGGGUACCACCGACAGCUACACCAAUCGUACCAGUUGGUAAUUCAGGUGUGCUGAUAUGUAAACUGAAAAUCUUAUUCUUCCUACAAAUUACGCGUAUACCUUAUAAUAGUAAAGAUUGGAAGGAGAGCCCAUCGUUAGUACUUCCUAUGGUAUACGACUUAAACUCUAAUAUCACACAAUUGGCGGAAAGGCGUGAACAAGGACCUUCGACGGCUGCUAAUGCAGCUAGUGCUUUACUUCGCCGCUUCUCCGAAUUUAGUGCACAACAUGGACAAUGUUCGCUAUUUCCUGCAGUACGUGAUUUACUAACAAAUCUACAAUUGCCAAACGAGGGUCCUCCACAAAAUCAAGCUAUUGGACAAGGAAUGGGACCCGUUGUCGGUGCAAAUCCGAAUCCUAUGAUGCUUUCAGCAAUGGCGCCAAUAGGACAAGUUGGUCCACAACAAGUUGGACCUGGUUACCCACAAAUGGGUCAAAAUCAGGGUCAACAGUGAUGAAGGCGUAAGCGCCGCACGUCAAAUGGUAAUAUGACACACAGUACGCGGCAAGUUUAAUUAUAAUUAUAAUUUUUCUUUAUUAUUUUACUAAUUAAUUUUUUUUUCGAAUUUUAAACUAUGAUUUGGUGUAUUUUAUGUCCUGUCUAUAUUAUAAUGUAUCAACUAAUCACAAUGCUAUAAUUAGAUAUAUAUACUAAUCAACUAGAUUAUUUUAGACCACAUCUAUAUAUGAAUAUAUGAAGUAUAAUAGGAUAUAUAUACGAGUAGUGAGUAAAAUAAACAUGAUAUCAUUUAAUGUAAAUCACGUAAAGAAUCAAAAUAGUUGUACUUAUUUGUGUAAUUUUAAAUUAAUUUGUGGAGUAAACGUUUGGUGUGUUGUUUGACUUGACUAUGUGUUGAUUAACAUACUUAAAAAUUUGAGAAUAAGCUUAGUUAUAAAGUAAAAACCUAAAUUGAUUUUUUGUGGAAAAAUUAUGCAGAAUAACUUUAUCUAUAUAAAUAUAUAAAAUCGAUAUUCAGUAAAUGUGGUAUAAGUGAAAUUAUUAUUUCAUAA